AAUUUAAUAAGUCUUGAGAAAAAUUGCCGAAACACCAUGGUAUAAGAAUUGAGACAAUCAUGGGGUAAAGGAAUAACUGCACAAAACUUAAUGGAAAGAUGUAUUAUUGAUAGGGACAAAGCUUUUACAUAUAGUUGUACACUAGGGUAUUUUGUAAGGCUGGAGAAUGACUUUUAUGAAGUCUGUUGGGAGAGAGAAAUAACUCACACAAAAGUGCCUGAAAACGAACACAUGAUUCUCUGCGGCAUUUCGUCAAACAGUUGAUAUACAAGACAAAAAGAACGACCUCCUUUUUCUGAUACUUCUCUUUCGCUGCCACGGAAACGUUUUCUUCAAUGAGAAAUUGCAAUCUUGUCUCUGAAUUUCCUUGUCUCUUGCAUCAUUGCCGGUCUGCUUCAUCAGGAAAAGGUCAAAGAAUUUGCUGCUGAGCAAGUUCAAGAAUCGGAAGAGGGAAUAGCUAUGGACUUCAUUGUAGUGUUGCCUUUGUGAAAAUCAGUGGAAAAAAGCAAGAGUUUUGUUAUGGUUAAGGAUUGGGAACAAAGCCAACAAGUAGGAGAUCCACAUGUAGAAUUUACAAGCACAAAAGGGAGCUAGGAAAAGAAUGUCAUUAACGAGAGAGUGUAGGACCCAAACUAUGGAAGUACGAAAUAACUUGCGGAGAAAUGGAAAACAUGAGAAGUCACGGAAGCUCGUCUUGAACACGGGCAAAAAUGAUAAGAGAGUAUCAUGGCACUAUCAUCCCAUAUUCAGAGUUCAAGGACGAACAUACGUGAAACAACACCGCUGACAAUAUGGUUCAUGUGUUGUUUUUAUCCUAAACAUGAUUGUCACGCCCCCAGCUUGGUAGUGGGCGAACAUUGAGGAUCCAUACGAGCACCUGCUAAAAAUAUAUACUGAACUCAUGCCAAAGUUGUACGCUGAUAAGCAACGGAAGAAAUACCAAAAUUCGUUGGGAGCAGAAUCAAAUUCUGAGCAUUUUAAAUAAGAUGCAUAUGUAGCGGCUUUGGAAUAUGAGUAGAGAUCCUAAGACGCGUUCGUGGAGGCAAACCAAGCGAAGAGCAAAAGGAAGGUUGGGUGCUUGUUCGGCGUGGCCAUCCGGCCUCGAAUAGGAGGGGGCAACGCUCUGGAUCCUCCCUGCUUGCAGAAACGUCUGGUCAUCUCUUGUUUGUUUGAUUUCACAAUGUCCCAAGGCAAUGAUAAUUUCACAAGUCACUUUGAGGAGCUUUCACAAGUUCUUGACUAUUUUGACUCCCAAACCUACCCAAAAAUUUUGCAGGAAUCGUCCAUACUCAGCAGCCGCAGGCAAUUGAAUGAACAUUAUCAAUCACAUUAUCACAAUAAUCAAUUGCCAACAGAUCAGUUUGUGAUGAAUCGACCUGAUGUGGAUCCAACCUCGAGGCAUGUGUUUGUUGAUGCAAUUACCAACGGCUUAAAUUACAUGAAAUAUAAUGCCAACUUUAAUUGGACUUUAGUUCCUGCAGCAGCAAGUUCCGCCACUAAUAAUUCAAGGAUUGACUAUGCACAUAGUAGAGUGCCAAGGAUGCAUCAAUCAUCUUCUCAUUCAGGAAGAGAAGUUGUUGAGCAAGAACAUAGACAGAGCAGGAGAGAUUAUCCUCAGGUGAUCAGGCCUACUCCAUAUAAGGCAUACGAUCCAAGAUAUGCUGCCAUUUGUCUGCCGGUGGAUCCUAAUUUACCUGCAUUCAAGCGGAAUCCACACUAUUCAACGCUAAAAGCGACAAGUGAUGAAAGUGCAACCACUAAAACUAUAAGGACUGACUAUGCACGUAACAGAGUGCCAAGGCUGCAUCAAUCAUGUUCUCAUUCUGGAAGAGAAGUUUUUGAGCAAGAACAUAGACAGAGCAGAAGAGAGUAUCCUCGGGUGAUCAGGCCUAUUCCAUAUAAGGCAUACGAUCCAAGAUAUGCUGCCAUUGGUCCUAAUUUACCUGCAUUCAAGCGGAAUCCACACUAUUCAAUGCUAAAGGCGACAAGUGAUGAAAGUGCAACCACUAAAAAUAUAAGGACUGACCAUGCACGUAAUAGAGUGCCAAGGCUGCAUCAUUCAUCUUCUCAUUCUGGAAGAGAAGUUUUUGAGCAAGAACAUACACAGAGCAGGAUAGAUUAUCCUCGGGUGAUCAGGCCUGCUCCAUAUAAGCUAUACGAUCCAAGGUAUGCUGCCAUUGGUCUACCGGUGGAUCCUUUCUUGCGUGCAUUCAAGCUGAAUCCCAACUUUGGCCUUGCCAAGCGCGACGAGUGAUGAAAAGAGUCAGAUCACCAGGGAAUUCAAUGGCUAGUAGCAGAGGUGGAAAAAGCCAGUUUACUAUGGAACAUUCUCAUUCGUCUUUUAUAAUUUUUUCUCGUCUUUUGUUUGGAUCUUUCUUCUUUCUUUUACCCAUUUCAAUUCCAUAAACAGAAAAGCGUCUGAACAUUUUCAUGGAAGUUUAGGUUUUGCGGUUUUGUUGUCAAAUUCAAGCUAUCAGUAAGCUUCUUUUCUUUAUUCAAUUCUUCAAGUUUAGUGCAAAACCAUGUUUCUUAUUCAGCAUUGUUGUUAUGCUUUACUAAAUACUUUAUAGUUUUGGAAUACUCCUAGUUAGGUUUAGACAUUUGGAGUAAUAUUGAAGUCAUCUUCCGCACUUAUUUUUCUCAAUUAUUUAUGAAAUGUCUCGUUGUUCUAGCUCUUCGUAUGGAUAUGUUAUUGUAGCAAUUGGUAGGUUUAGUUGUGUUAUUCUAAUACAAUGUAAAUACAUUUUGUGAUUUGAUGAAGUAUAAUUCCAUUUGGUGGUUUGAUGGAAUGUAAAAACAUUUUGUGUGGAAGUAAUUAAU